UGCUUAACUACUCUUUGAAACGUCACCACUAACUUGACUAUAGCCAAUAACAGAAGAUUUCACUUCUCUUUUUGUUUUGACACUCAGAGACGGAGCAAUGUCCGCUCACAAAACAUUUAUUAUUAAGCGCAAGCUUGCUAAAAAACUCAAGCAGAACAGACCAAUUCCACAAUGGGUUAGAAUGCGCACUGGAAACACAAUCCGGUACAACGCUAAGAGGCGUCACUGGAGAAGGACUAAGCUCAAGCUGUAAACUGUUACCUUGUACAUGUUAAGCUUAAUAAAGUCCUAAAAAUCUCCCAA